UGUUUGGUCAGGUUUGGUCAGAUUUAAACUCAUUUCUAAGGUCAAAUUUGCUCCCAAACUGCAGCUAAACACACACACACACACACAUGCGCGCCCCUCCUCUCUCUGUCUGUCUGGCUCGACUGCGAUCAGGAACAACCCUUGAGAAAGAGACGGGGGAGAGGCGGAGCUUUGACCUCUCAUGACCCCUCAUGACCCUUCCGGCACCCUGCGUCUGAUCUCUGAAUGUGAGUGUGAGAGAGUGUGUGUGUGUGAGUGUGUGUAUGUGUGUGUGGACAGUCAGUCAUUAUGAAUGUGUGUUUGUGUCUGGCUCUGCGCUCGUGGCUCACUUCACGUCCUCGCACCAUCAGCUGUCUCGCACUCUUUUUGUUUUCAUAUGCAAAACCGGCUCGCACAGACAAUUCAGUCUAGACCGGUGGUGCUCAGGCCCAUCUGCCGCGGGGUGUGUGGGGAUGCAGGAGCUUCAGUGUGAGUUUAACUCUGGUGGAUGUGGCAUCAUGCAGCUCCGUGAGGCGGACGCUUCGCAGCCGUGUGUUCAGAUGCGCUGCAGCGCCCAGCUGGAGUUUGUUCAGAUUCUGGUGAUCGUGGUGGUGAUGAUGAUGAUGGUGGUGGUGAUCACGUGUCUGCUGAAUCACUACAGACUGUCUGCGCGGUCUCUCAUCUCUCGCCACGGACGAGCGCACAGACGACACCUGCCCCUGCCGUCGGAGGGCAGUCUGUGGUGCUCUGAUGGUCCCGGCUCUUCUAGUGCCAUGAGCGAGCAGGUUUACGCUCCUCGACCGCCGGAUCGGGUGCGUCUGUCGCGCUUCCAACCCACGUUCCCGUAUCUCUCUCACACCAUCAUCGACCUCCCGCCCACCAUCGCUCUGUCAGACGGAGAGGAGCCUCCGCCGUACCAGGGCCCCUGUUCCCUUCAGCUGCGGGACCCGGAGCAACAGCUGGAGCUCAACCGCGAGUCGGUCCGAGCGCCGCCCAACCGCACCGUGUUCGACGGUCCGCUCAUCAGCGCCGAGGGCGCUCCUCCAGCCUACAGCGAGGUCAUCGGACACUACUACCACCCCACAUCAGUGCCGCGGCACGCACAGACCCAGUCCACACCGCCGCUGGUGCAGGGCUUGAUCCACAUCAGCCACACGGACAGCAGAAACACACGCAACAAAGACAAACCCAAAGCCCAGCUCGUCUAACGCCAGCGAGAACUUCCUGCUGCACAACAAGAUGCGGCUUCUCUUCCUCUUCCGUUGUUGCUUUCUCACUCAGACUUUCUGUUAAUAUUUACGUGUUAUUAUUUGUCCUCAACACUCUUAGGCUGAUGAUGCAUGGGCCAACUUUUUGAGCAGUGUUGCCGGGCAACUUUGGUUAAUGUUGCUGUCAACGGCAACCAGGUGAGACACAGGACCCAAGUAUCCAGAUAGAAAUGUGUUACCUAUUUUCAGUGGGAAAGUGCCCAAGCAACACUGCUCAAAAAAAGUUGCCCGGCAAAAUUGCUCAAAAAGUUCAUCAUCAGCCUUCGUCUCUCUCUGUACUCUGACAACAAACAAAAACCGCUUCCUUUCAGCCCAUUUCCCUGAGCGAUGGAGAACACUCGGUCUUCCUUUUAGAAACAUCAAUCGGAGUCUUGUGAUUCUUCAUCGCAGCAUUUCUGUCAAAUGUGCAUGACUUCCUCAUGAGAGUUUUGCACAACAUCCGAUGCAUCAGACUGUUCCUGCAGCAUACGCUGCUUCAGCGUUAAUAUACGUGUGUGUAUAUAGGCUACUAUAUAAAUAUAUAUAUACAUGGAAAACAUGAAAA